AUGGCAAGCCUACAAGAAGUAUAUUCAACCCUAUACCGAAACCAACCUUCAAAAAAAGACGUGAUGGAUGUAGAUGACACUCCAACAAACGAUCCAGCACCAGCACGACCACCUUCUCCAGGCCCAGGACGUGCUUCGUCUGAACCCCUUCGCAUCCUAGAGCUAACUGUAGGAUAUGUUUAUUCGUCAGAGAUGUUGGAGCACUGGUGCCUGCGUGGCCAUGAAGAGCAGCCUGAGCGUAUAAUUCGCAUAUGGAAACUAAUCUCAGAGGCGCAUCUCGAUCAGAAAAUGAAGCGGAUACCUAUUCGAGCGGCUAAACGAGAGGAAGUACUCCUCGUUCAUAGCGAAGAUCUCUGGCAUAGGAUACAAGCCAUACAGUCAUUGACUCUUCAAGAUAUCCAAGACUCUGAAGCUUACUAUGAUCUACUAUCUCUUUAUGUAAAUACCGGUACAACACGCUCUGCUCUGUUGAGCUGUGGUGGUGUGAUAGAAGCAUGCCUUGCAGUCGCAAGGAACGAACUGAAAAAGGCCUUUGCAAUUGUACGACCUCCAGGUCAUCAUGCAGAGCCUGACGAACACAUGGGUUUUUGUUUCUUCAACAAUGUAGCGGUGGCUGCAAGAGUAGUGCAGCUCCUGACGCCUGUGAAACGAAUUAUGAUCUUGGACUGGGACGUCCACCAUGGCAAUGGUACCCAGCGUGCAUUCAACGACGAUCCCUCUAUUCUGUACGUGUCUCUUCACCGUUAUCAAAACGGCCAGUUUUAUCCGGGUGGAACCUUUGGAGGGAUCUCGUCCUGCGGAGAAGGCGCCGGCCGUGGAUAUUCCGUCAAUAUCCCCUGGCCGGAGAUUGGAAUGGGGGAUGCAGAUUACCUCCACGCAUUUACGAGUAUUGUUAUGCCCAUCGCCAUGGAGUUCGCCCCAGAACUAGUGAUAAUCUCUGCGGGUUUUGACGCUGUGGAAGGUGAUCCACUGGGCGAAUGCCGUGUCACCCCUAUAGGCUAUGCUCACAUGACACACAUGUUGUCGGGCCUAGCUGGUGGCAAACUUAUUGUGGCACUUGAGGGUGGAUACUGCGUCGAUGCUACAGCUAACUCUGCUUUGGCUGUUACGAGAGUAAUGCUCGGUGAACCACCAGAGGAAUUACCCCCAAUGACCGCAACGGAAGCAGCCACAGAGACUGUGUGGCAAGUAGCUUUAGAGCAGAGCAAAUACUGGAAGAGCGUGAAACCUAAAGCCUGUGAACCUCGUGAAGAGCUAGAACCGCUCUCCUUCUCUAUACCUGCUUUUCGUGGUGUAGAAAUCCUCAAAGCUCAUCGCCAACACUAUCUUUAUACCACUUAUGAUAUGUUGCAAAUACCUUUGAUGACUGAAGCGUUUGAAAAGGCUUUGGGAACUCAAGUGUUAUGCACUUCGGACUUGCCUUUCAACAAAACUCUCGUUAUCUUUAUACAUGAAUUUGGGAACCUCCGAAUAGAACUGGAUUCUACGGUCACAUGCAAUGUGAAUUUGGAGCGCUCAUAUCUGAUCGAUUCCGCUAAAGAACUAGUGGCGUGGAUACGACAAGCAGGAUAUUCAUUGCUUGACCUGAACAUUUUCCCAAAACCUUACGCUUUCGAUGCCAAAGGAUCUCGCUGGUCCAAGGAUGACUUGGGACGGAAUAUACUCGUCUAUUUAUGGGACAAUUAUAUACAGUCUGUAUUGCAACCAUCUUUUGGUGGUCAUGGACCUGGGUGUCAACCUCUCAUCGCGCUGCUCAGUGAACGCUUCGCUGGUGUAAAGAAGUCUGUCAAAGCAGUCGUUCAAGUGGUGAGUAAUGAUUAUCAUGCGGCGGUACCAAAGGAUUUAGAUAUCCGUAAAUGGUACCAACAACAUUCCCAAGUGGUCGUCCCCUCAAAUCACCGCAUACUGACUCCUGAGAUGAGUAAAAAGAACCACAGGUGGCAUGGAGUUGUGUCGACUAUAGACGAGCCAUCAUCAUCAAAGCUUAUGAUUCAAGCUUUCCCAAAAAUACAGAAUUUCGUUGAAGAGAAGUUGGAGCACCCAUAA